AGGGAAGAGCGCCUUGAGGGGGCGGGGCCACGUUUGAACCUGCGAGGCGUGAUUGAAGACCAAGUUCCCCAAUUUCACUUCCUGUUUCACCUCACUUGUGGUUGUAACCACUUAAAAGUGCGAGCAUAGAUUUCAGGAUGAGCCGCUUAUAACAAUCACCACUUUCGACUUAGCCAUGUCAAAAAUGGCGUUUGUUUACCCUACGCUCUUGACUACUACGAGUUAGAUCGCCCGUUGUGAUUAUUUUACGUAACAUAGCGUAACUCCGGCUGGGCGAAGCGGCGGCGAACACAACAUGCCCGAGUCUUCGAAGAUGAGGAAGCCCGACGUGAAAGUGGUCCUUCUGGGGGACACGAACGUGGGCAAGACGUCUCUCCUUCACAGGUACACGGAGAGAAAGUUCAAAGACACCAUCAGCACCGUCGGAGGGGCGUUCUUCCUCAAACAGUGGGGGCCCUACAACGUCUCCAUAUGGGACACCGCUGGGCGGGAACAGUUCCACGGCUUGGGCUCCAUGUACUGUCGUGGCGCCGCCGCCGUCAUCCUGACUUACGACGUCACCAACUGGCAGAGCCUGGCCGAGCUCGAGGAGCGCUUCCUGUCGCUGACGGACACCGCCAACCACGACUGCAUUUACGCCGUCGUGGGCAACAAGGCCGACCUGACGGACACCAAAGCCUAUCUGUCUCAGGAGACGCCCGACGCGAAUCAAACGGAAUCGGAGGAGCACCGAUCAGACGUGCUGUCCGCUUGCCCCACGCCGCCCGCCUCGCCCGUGUCCAUCUCCGGCGUCACGUUUCCAAAGCAAGUCACCCGCGAAGACGCGUUGGCGUUCUACGGGCGGAUUCUUCGCUACAAGGGCUCGGACGAGAGGACCAGCCUGCCCGCGGAGAAGAUGUGCUUCGAGACCAGCGCCAAGACCGGUUACAACGUGGACGCUCUGUUCGAGGCACUCUUCGACCUGGUGCUCCCCUCCAUGCUGAGGAAGAGGAACGAGAACCAGCAGUCUGCCACGGUGGACUUGGAAGUGUGCAGGAAGGGCGGCGGCAAGCGGGGCCGAUCGACCUGCUGCUAAAGACCGAACAAGCAAGACCCCGCAGGAAGUGAUUUAAACAAGCAGUGGCACCGAUGAAUAUGUGAAUUGACAAAGAAACCACUCGCCUUUGUCGCCUUGAAUACCUUCUUCAUACUGUGAAGCAGCAUCUCUCUUGACAUUUUGGAGUCUUUGCUAUGACUAAAAAUGGAUGUCUGCGGACAAUAAACACACUUCAGAAUCCCCCCAAAAUCAUUUUCAUGAACCUGAACUGCACUAAUUCAUAUGAUUAGGUAGCACAUUAUACUGUCUUUAAUAGCACUUUUCAUUUGAAUGUUUCCACGGAUCAGACUAAAAUUCUUGUUACAUUCAUUAACGCCGAUGUAUUUUAUGCUAUGUGACUUCUCACUUUCUGUAUGGAAUGGCACACAGCCAUGUUGAAUUUUUU